GCAACUGAAGAACAGUAUCGAUGUUUUGAGUUUCCUCGCCGGUACUCAGUGAGUCGUGAGCAUAGGCGCGUGCUCACCACGGUUUGCUGGUCGUGGGAAGAACUCCGUUUUGACACGAUCGCUCGCCUUUGCAAGGUUUCCAGAGUUUCAUUAGGGUUUUUUAAAGGCUCAUCGAAUAUAAUAGAGUCUUUUGUGCGUCCAGCGCAAACAGCAUCCGUCCUGUCGCCUCCGCAUUCAACAGAUCAUUGCAGAGAGAUACAGUCGUAGCAAUAAAUAGCUAGCAAGAUAGUCGUAGCUGCUACAAGCACAAAAAUGGAGGAACCACUGGAUCUAAUCCGUUUGUCAAUAUCUGAGGUUGUCUUUGUCAAGUGCAGAGGAGAUCGAGAGCUCCGUGGAAAACUACAUGCCUAUGAUCAGCACCUGAAUUUGAUUUUGGGGGAUGUGGAAGAGACUGUGACAAGUACAGAGAUUGAUGAAGAAACUGACGAAGAAAUUGUCAAGAAACAAACGAGAAAAGUCAAAAUGCUCUUUGUCAGGGGGGAUAUUGUGGUUCUGGUCUCUCCACCCUUGAGGACUGGGUAGGAUGGCUAGCUAGCUACUAGGCCCAGCUAGCUGACAAUAACAAGGAAGCAACGGAUGUCAUUGCAUGAGCGGCUCUGGAAUUUCACGUCUUGAGGACUGCCAUGAGGAUCUGUCGCCUUUUUUUGCAAAAACCCCGUGGGCUUAACGGCAGUUGACAACCCAUAAAGCGUAGCCUUCUUCCUUUCUGUCUAGCAAUAGUGUUGCCCCUUCCCACUUAAUUCAGUUUCUAGCCAGCUAGUAGGCUGGACGGCAAUUGAUACCGAUCGGUACGAUGCUGUCACUUCACU